AUGAGUAACGGGCCAGCUGCCAGAGGACUGGCCGGCCUCUCCCUCCUGGAGAUGCUUCAGGACCCCGGGGGCAGGCGGGGGUCAUGUAGGGAUAGGAAGAACUGUAAGGUGGUCUUUUCCCAGCAGGAACUGAGGAAGCGACUGACACCUCUGCAGUAUCACGUCACCCAGGAGAAAGGAACGGAGAGUGCCUUUGAAGGAAAAUACACAAGUCAUAAAGAUCGGGGAAUGUAUAAAUGUGUUGUUUGUGGGACUCCUUUGUUCAAUUCAGAAACCAAAUAUGACUCUGGUUCAGGUUGGCCUUCAUUCCAUGAUGUGAUAAGUUCAGAUGCAAUUACAUUCACUGAUGACUUUUCCCACGGGAUGCAUCGGGUCGAAACGAGCUGCUCUCAGUGUGGUGCUCACCUUGGGCAUGUUUUUGAUGACGGGCCUCGACCAACUGGCAAAAGAUACUGCAUAAAUUCUGCUUCCUUGUCCUUCACUCCUGCAGAGAAUAGUAACGCCGAAGACAAUGAUCUCAGCAUCCCUGCCCAACCUGGCAAAAUGGAGCUGUAGAAUCAGAUUCAAUAGGAAACAACGAUCUUACCACUUAGUAGGGGAAAAACAAUCAAACUUGUCUAUGACUAUCUUAUUCGAUAUAUGCAUAUAUAUUUUUCAAACAUAGAAGGGCAGUUUGUGCUAUUGAUUUUUCCUCCUCCUCUUCCUUUUUGCUUAAACAGAGAGGCCUUAGCCAUGAGUGUAUUUUGCUAUUGAUUAUAUUCUUAACUAUUUGUAAGUAGAUUUGGGGAAACAAGGUGGCUUUGAGAAUGCCUUAUCACUAGACACUAGACUUGAGCAUCAAGCUGCAAUACUUUCUUAAGUGGAUUGAAAGACUCUUCCUUCCUCACAUAAGAGGGGAAAGGGUGAUUUGGCCUCCAAACUCCAAAUGAGAGCGCUCCGGUGUCAAUGCAAUUUGAAGAGAGCUGAGCCUGGGUAGAGAGUUCAGACCUGUGAGACAGAUGGCCUUAGGGCAUUUGUAUAGAUCUAUUGAAGAUCAGGAUGGAGUGAUGCCUUACCAUACUUGUAGGCUUUGUGGAAAGUUUGAGCUAAGGCAGUUUAUUCCCACUAAAAGGGUGUGAAGGUCUAAAGUCUUUCCUUAUGUUAAAUUGCUGCCAGAUCUGAGGGGGUACAGGGUGUACAUAGCACUCUGUGGAAGGGAAGUAAAUAUGACCUCACUUUCAUGCCUUUAUUUUAUUUUAUUUUCCAUUGAAAAUAUUGGAAUGCAAGAUAAAUGUAAAAAUUUGGGCUCCAUUUUGCUCGAGGUUCACACUGAAGAACACCUGCCAUGGGUUUUUCAUAAGUCUUCCCUCCCACACCCAACACCAGCUGCAACUAGGGCAAUAUUUUGGGAAAUUCUGUUUAAAUUUCUUUAAAUUGUUAAAUAUUGUUUAAAUGAAAAAACAAGAAGCUUCAAACCAAAAUAGAGGAAAGUGGUAGAAAAGCUAAGAUGAUAACCUUUACACAGUGAGGUGAUGGGGUACCCUACAAGAGGGUGAAAGACCAUUCCAGAAAUGUGCAAGUGGGAUUUGUGGAAUUAAAGCAGGAGGUCAGAAUUUGAUGUCAUAUAGUCCCAUGCUUGCCAUUGGUGUGCUGGGUUAAACAUGACUCUAAUCUGUGCCUGCUUCCCCAUAAAUGAAAUGGGAAUUCAAACAUUUGUAAAGCAUGCUGAACUCCUCAGGGCAAAAGCACUAUGUUGCUCUAUAAUUCAUAUGAACAAUAGAAAUACUAGCUAACAUUUGAGGAGUGCUUUAAGGUUUGCAAAGUGCUUUACAUACGUUAUCUCAUUUGAAUAGCAUG